UGCGAAGCUCCACCGUUACGAUGGGCGGACCCUGAAGCUGUCACUAAUUCACCAUUGAGAUAAACGACUGCUGAAUGCAUACACACGGGUCAAAUUGUAUAUAAUGACAGAAUCCGGCGAGUUGCGUGAACCUGAACUUUUCACAAAAGUAACCGUAUAUUCUCUCCUCGCGUGCGUGGGCCAGUUUGCUGUCGGAUAUGUUCUAUCGCAGAAAUGGGGAAAGAAAUGUUCGACUGCUGAUAGAUGGGUCCUUGUAUGGUUGUUUUACGAUGCAAUAGUUCACUUCACUCUGGAAGGACCCUUUGUGUACAUGUCACUGGUUGGAAAUGUGGCAACUUCUGACAAUAUGCUUGCAGAGCUAUGGAAAGAAUAUGGAAAGGCGGAUGAACGCUGGUUGUACUCGGACCCAACAAUAGUAUCUCUAGAGCUUCUGACUGUUGUUUUGGAUGGGUCCUUGGCCCUGCUUCUAGUCUACGCCAUUAUUAAAGACAAACACUACAGGCACUUCCUUCAGAUCACUCUGUGUGUGUGCGAGUUGUAUGGCGGUUGGAUGACCUUCUGUCCAGAUUGGCUAAUCGGCAGCCCUAACCUGAACACCAGCAAUUGGCUGUACCUGUGGGUCUACCUGGUGUUCUUCAACGGCAUCUGGGUGGUGGUGCCCGGACUCCUCCUCUGGCAGUCAUGGAGCGCUUUAUCGGAUUUAAAAAGAAUGCAUCCCAACAAGAAAAAAUAAGAUCCGCAAAAAUUUUUACCUAUAUAAUUGUUGUUAUAAUUCAAUUUUCAAAGUCAAGGGAGUUGGACCGUUGUAUAUGCAUUUAUUGCGUAUCCAGUAGAUGGUUGUUAAGUUGUACUUUUUCCAUAAUUGGGGUGGCAAGACACUUGAAACAAUGGAACUGCUAACUCAUAGCAGGAUACUCUUUCUUGUACUAUGUACAUUCAAGGCUUAUUAUACUAAACAUGUGAAUGGUGUCUGUCAGAAUAGCUUUUUCAGUAAUCCAAUAUAAUAGAAACCACACCUUGUUCUUUUAUAAAUGGCUAUGUCAAUUCA